UUAAACGAUUCUGUCCCACAACAUUUUUGAUGGAGAAAAACAUCGCAUUAUAUUAACCUCAGCUUUAUUGAAUACUGAUUGAAAAGCUGUCACUCAGUUGGGGGGAAAGACGGCAUCUAACAAGCUGCUCACUAUUUCAUGAACUGUUUCCCACAAAGCGGAUCUUUGGGGAGGAUAAUUCGGAAUACUUGUAACUGAUUAAUUCCACACAGAGCAAACUGAGCGCUGGUUAUACUGAAACCCUCUUGAGAGCGCACUGCUGUGCAACGCUUUCAAGUUGUAUCAACUGCUCCGUGGCUUACACUACAGUGGACUGAGCCGUUCUUACCUUGCUCGUUUGCUGCAACUAACCCAGGUUUUGACGGGCGCUCCGACCAAAAGAAAGGGGGAGCACCAUAUCACCUUUUUCCUAUACAUCUGUCUCUUGAAUCAGAUUGGUUUUGUGGAUUUGCGCCGUGGCAAAGGAGAAUUUUAUCUGGGAUUUCUAAGAUUAACGUUAGAAUUGUUUUUAACUAAGCGAAUUGUUUUUUUUUCCCUACAUGCACAGUUAAGUUGAUGCUCUCAAUAUUUCUAUACUAUUGCGGUGACUUUUCACGCUGUAUCCAGCAGAAUUAUUGCUUGGAAGAUCGAUGCACGGGCUCCGGUUUUACGAGAUUUAGCAUUUCAGAGCAGAAGACUUUUCUUUUUUCCUAAAGCCCAUUGUACUGCAGUUCUGCUUCACUCUCAUCAGAAAAAAAAACUGUCACACGCUUCAAGUGCGACUGAAGUCUUAAAAGGAGACCACACUAUAAAUUAUACCAUUGGAAACAAAAAUCACACUUCUCUUAGAGAAAGAGGACCUGCUUCAGAGUGCAGGGAGCUUGUCUUCCACCUGGCACGGAAUAGAGACUAACCCGUUUCCUGUACCGCCCGCAUGGAUUCCUUGCUCUAUCAGACUGAAGCUACAGCUGUUUGAGAAAUUAGCAGGAACGCAGAAAAAAACUCAAUUUCAAGAGACUGAGUCAAGGCACAGUUUUAAAUAAAAGAAUCAAAGUAUUCUUUCAACACAAGAUCCUAAAACAAUCUGAAUGUCCCUCUGUUAACUUUAGUCAUCAUUGCCACUUAACCAACUAGAUGUCUGCCUUUGUAUGACUCACUCAUUAUUGCCUGUUCUUAGGUCACAGAUUCUGAAUUAAUAACUUCCAAGCAGACUUAUUUCCUUCAAAAAUCCAGCGUAGCCCAAGAGAGAGAAGCUACCUUCUGUGACAUUCAUUCUGAUUUCAAACCCCACAUCUGCUCAAUGAGCAGGAAAUUAUACAAAACGUGAAGAAGAAACAAAGGACGAGGUGUGCUGUACAGAGUGCAGCAGCUACAUUUCAGAAGCUUGUUCUUGAAUAACAAAUACAAUGCAAUAGAGGUAAAUUAAACAAACCCUUUGAGUGGUGGUGGUGCAAGCUCUGCAGUGAAAAACAAGAGCUAUGCAGUCAGAAUUAUAAUUAACUUCCAAAGCUGUAGUGCCAAAGCUCUAUCAGGACAGAGCUUCAACAUGAAACUUGAGACGAGUUUGCACCAAAACUAGAUCUUCAGGUCUGAAAGAAAAUUGCAGAGAGUGAUGAAAGAUAAUUAAUCAUUAUAAAACUCUACUGACAAAAUGUAGAAUGUGAGGUUUGAUUGUGAUUGAACCUAUUGGUCAAAGGGUUCUAAUGAGGCCUUCCCCUGCUCCCCUCUACACAGAGCCUAAUUGUGCACAGUUAGAUGAUGGACCGAGGCAAUCACUCUGCUGACGUUUCCUUCCAGAUCAUUUCUGGAAAUACUUCGCAGAACCCUAGUGAUAUGCUGAUCUCUUGGGAUGAGAACACCAUUUUAGGUCUGAAGAUCUCCCUGUCUAUCGUUUUGGCGAUCAUUACCCUGGCCACUGUGCUGUCCAAUGUCUUUGUCGUCAUCACCAUCUUCUUGACUCGCAAGCUUCACACCCCAGCCAAUUUCCUCAUAGGAUCCCUGGCGGUGACAGACCUCCUGGUGUCCAUCCUGGUGAUGCCCAUCAGCAUUGUCUACACUGUGAGCAAGACCUGGUCACUGGGGCAGGUCAUGUGUGACAUCUGGCUCUUGUCAGACAUCACGUGCUGCACAGCUUCCAUCCUUCACCUGUGUGUCAUUGCUCUGGACCGAUACUGGGCUAUCACUGAUGCCCUGGAGUACUGCAAGAGAAGGACCACUCGCAGGGCUGGGGUUAUGAUUGCCGUAGUGUGGGUGAUCUCCAUCUCCAUCUCCAUGCCCCCACUCUUCUGGAGGCAGGCCAAGGCUCACGAGGAGCUGACCGAAUGCAACGUCAACACAGACCAGCUCUCAUACACGAUCUAUUCCACAUUCGGCGCUUUUUACGUCCCAACUGUGCUGCUGAUCAUUCUCUAUGGUCGCAUCUACGUGGCUGCCAGAUCCAGGAUAUUCAAGCCCCCAUCGUCCUGUGGGAAGCGCUUCACCACCGCCCAGCUCAUAGGGGGCUCCGCCGGGUCUUCCCUCUGCUCGAUCAACUCCAACUCCAACCAAGAGGGUCACCCUCAGCCCGGGGGCUCCCCAGUGUUCAUGAACAAUGUCAAGGUGAAGCUGGCAGACAGCGUGCUGGAGAGGAAGAGGAUCUGCGCUGCCAGAGAGAGGAAAGCGACCAAGACUCUAGGGAUCAUCCUGGGCGCCUUUAUUUUCUGCUGGCUGCCUUUCUUUGUGGUGACUUUGGUGAUGGCCAUUUGCAAGACUUGCUGGUUUCACGCAGCUCUGUUUGAUUUCUUCACCUGGCUGGGGUACCUGAAUUCCCUCAUCAACCCUGUGAUCUACACUGCUUUCAACGACGAGUUCAAGCAGGCUUUCCAGAAACUCAUCAAGUUCAAGAGAUGCUACUAAGAUCAUUUGUUUUCAUCUCAGCCCCAUUCUAAUUUUUGUCAGAAAAAGCAAUGAUUUAACUACCUAUUACUGUACUGUGAAGCACAUUUGUAUAAUAGACAUACUGUACAAGGUGAUUUAUAAGUCACUGUGCAUUUUAGCAUAUUGAAUCAUGCAGCUGAUUAAGGUGCUUCAUGGCCUCUAAGUGAUUUCAUGAUGUCUAUUAGUGCAUGGUGACACUGUAGGUAUAGCAUAACCUCACAAAUAAAAAAAAACACUUUUGGAAUUGUAAUGAUCAUUUCCUGCCUUAAGAUUCCUAGAAUUUUGAAAACAAAAUAAAAUACAAGUGGUGUCAGAUAGGGAAACGGGCUCUUUGUGAGGGACCUGUGUGCUUAAUAUGCACAUGCUAAAGUGCCAUGUCAGUGUACGCAAAACAAAUGAACAGAGACCAGGAGGUGAAACUGUAGAGAGCAGAAAAAUGUCAAUACUAUUGUAUGUGAUUUUCUUUCCUGUUCAGGCGUUGGUCAAAUGUAAAUCAUCCUAUAACUUCUUUUCUGUAGCUGGGAAAGCCAUUCCAAAUGUGCAGUAAUCCUCAUUUUAAUAUAUUAUGUCCAAACGAUGCUAUAAAUUGAAAUAAAGAUAAAUUAUGGGAAGACCAUCACUUUCUAGUGAAAAUCAUUUGCUGCUGAUGCAAGGAAUUAUUCUUCAAAAUAGAUUAAUUUCCAUCUUCAUCACCAAUCUUAUCAAUUCUUUUACUGGUGUUCAAUAUGUGUGUUUGAGUCUUAAUAUCCUGUGCAUAAUAAUUAAUGAUAUAUGAUACCACAGUGCC